AUGCGACACCUCAUGCUCGUCGCAGCUGUCUCGGCGACGCUCCUCUCUGUCGUUCAGUCCAGUGCUGAACCCUCUUCCAACCCCAUGGAACAUGCUUCGGACCCCACGGAACCUGCUUCCGUGCUUGCUCCCAGUCCCUUGUUCUCUACCUCUCAACCGAGCCCAACCACUCACAACUGCACUUGCCUUCCCGUCACCGCUCCUCCUCCCAAACCCACCCCCUGCGCUCCUGAUACAGUGACCACGGUUUCAAGCACACCCUCGCGCCAGCACGCCUCCCACAGACGCAAAGUGAAACGCAACAACAAGGCGUCACUCAAUAAUGGCACCAUCUCAGGCACCAAUAUCACUCCAACCUCUCCAAAUUCCAACUGCAGCAGCAGCGCCAGUCAAAACCCUAGUAGCAGCAACAGCAGCGAGUGCAGUGGUGGUAUCCCCCAUGUUGCUGAAACGUCAGCCAAGGGAGACCCGCACCUGAUCGGUCGGCACGGCGAGAAGUUUGAAUUCCACGGUCAGGAUGGCGCGAGCUACUGCCUUGUGAGCGAUCGGAAGGUCCAGAUCAACAUGCAUCUGUAUGCUGGCGCCAAGAAUGGAAGCACGUACAUUGAUGAAAUCGGGGUGGUAACCAGCUCAGGCAUCAACAUCGUUGUUUCUGCACAAUCAGCAGCUGACGCAUCACCUGACGGGGUGCAGGGUCAGCUGGAGGUGAACAGUGCAUCGCUGCCAGAUGACAUCCUGACCAUUGAUCUGCUCCGGCAUACGGUCAGGAUCGAACGGCGCAAGGCAAGCAUGCGGGUGCGCGUGCGAGGGGUGGUGGAUCUGACGGUUGACAUUCUUCCUGACCUCUCACGCAAGACCCAUCCGAACUACUUGAACAUUCACAUUGCCAGCCUGCAUGCAUCCCGCAAGGUGCAUGGCAUUAUAGGGCAGACAUACCAGGACUCUGCUUCACGCCUGUCCAGGUUCAGUGGAUCUCAGGGAAAGAACGGCCCAGCGAAAGAGAGGGCCAUCAUCGACGGCACAGAACAGGACUACAAGACGUCGGGGAUUCUGGAUGCUGAUUGUAAGUUCCAGCAGUUUGGGAAGAAAUCUGCUGGUCACCAACAUUUCAAAUAG